AUGGAACACAGCAUAUCAAGGUUUGGCAUAGUGAACACUGAUCUUUGCGUGGUCAGUACUAGAAUGAUCUCUGGGUGUUGCGAGUUUGAGCCAUUUGAAAGUGAAGAUGAGUUCUCUCGCAUCGAUUCUCUGGAUUCUCCAAAGCUUGAGUUGAUCGCCGGUCAGGAAGACGAUCGACGGAUGACAUUCUUCAAACAGAAUUUCCCUAAAGGAAUACUUUUGCUGGUGCUGACGGCGUCCACCCCGUCAUCAGCUCGUCUGUUUCUGUCGCAUUCCCAAGAUGAGAUGGACGCCUUCUAUCCACCUCUACCUCAUGACACUAGGCUGGCUUACGCGGUGUCGAAAGGCGAUAGUUCAGACAGCAGUCAAGUGCUAAUCACAUGGAAGGUCGUCGAACGAAUCAGGCAAGCCGAAUUCCCUUAA